AUGGCUAUGCAUAUCUCCGCGGUACAUAAAAAGCCCCGAUGUAUCGAUUGUCAAAAUGACGAGGUCAUGGAAAAAAGGGGCAGAGCGGACCCUUUCUCAGCGGCGGAGCAAACACUCCUCAUGGUGUUGUACGAAGAGUACAAGGGAAAAAUUCAAAAUAAGGGCAACACUGUUGCCAUUGUAGAAGCCAGGGAGAUGGUGUGGCAAAGUAUCGCGGACCGUUUAAAUUCGUUAUAA